AAAGAAAGUCGUAUCCACGAUCUCUCCCAGGUUCGGUCACCGAAAAUCACCGGUUUCACCCCACCCCCCUCUACUCCUCGUUUUCCGCUCGCUCCUGUACUUGCUCUGCUGUGCGCCUGUGCUAGCCAUCUACUAUAAUUAUACUCGAUCAAGACUCGGUGAGAUUUCGAUUUUAGAACCAGCCGUUUUUUAUCCAAAGAUUCAAUUUACUGGUUUCUAAUUAACUUUCGUGCUCACAGAACCGUUGAAAUUUAGGGUUUCGUUUAUUCUGCAUGACUCUUUCCAGACUUCUUUUUGUGUAACUUUUACUGUUUCAGUCUAUUGGAAACUCUAGCUAUUCAGUAGUAUGGUUCGUAUUUGAAACUAAAAGUUGUUUUUGAUAACUAAUUUACGUACAAAAUUGCAGCCGCUAUGCCGUAUUUUAUAUGGACUUUUUUGUUGUGUUGAAGAAGAAUUUGUUUGUUCUUGACACGUUAAGCGGGAAAUGCGGUCAAGAUUUCGAGAUAGUGAACGUUCAGGCUAGGCAUAUAAAAGUGAGGAAGUACUUUGCAGUUAUUCAUUACUUGGCCUGGGUUUAGAGGACAGUCAGAAUUGGAUUAGUUUGUCAAUCCGAGCUCCAGAAGUCUUCAGGCAUCUUGUAUUCCAUGGAUACUAACAGAACUGCUGAUGAGAAGUCUGAAAGCAGGCUCUAUGUUGGCAACCUGGAUCUUAGGAUUUCAGAUGAGCAUGCAGGAAGCUCAACUUGCCAAGGAAAAGAUGCAUGCAAAGUUGGUUUGUGGGCGCCCAUUGAGCAUCCGGCUUGCCAGUGAAAAGUUAUUGAUGGAAGGUGCAGAAAAUCCUUCCAAAGCAGUAGGCGUGACAGCCAAAUCUUACCUCUCUGGAGGUUCAUCAUCAACACGGAUGAGUCGUGGUGCCAAAAUAGCUGCAAUAAAGAACAAACUGAAGUCAAUGGAAGAGGAAGUCGGCCACAGUUCAAAACGUCACAAACCAGAAGACAGUUUGCAAUAGUUCGCAUUUUAUUUUUAUAAUAUAGGACAGGGUUUAACUCCCUAGACAUGCAUAAGAUUUGUGCCUCUUACAAACAUCUUCUGAUUUUAUGCUCUUUAUUUCAAAAGAAGUCAAGUUCAUUGCUGUGUACUAUAUGCUACAAUUAUGAUUUUCAUUUCAUUUCAUUUGUACUACGUAUUUUGGUAGACUAGAGUUAAAUUCAUAAGUUUCAAAUAAAGGAAUUGUGACAUCA